GUUGGGCAAGAGCGGGUGGGCAGCCCGGGGCAAGACCGGAAGUCGAGGCCCCGAAGGCCCGGGCCGGUCCUGGCCUGGCCUGGCCGCCCUCGCCAUGUCCUCCCUGGUCUUCCUGUGCGCCCGGCAGCUGCUGCGCCACCAGGCCUCGGCCUGCCGGGCCCUGGAGCGGCUGCCGCCCGAGCUCUACCCGCCCCUCUUCAAGGCCGCCUUCGCGGACGGCAGGACGUGGGUGCUGCGGGAGCUGGUGCGCCGGUGGCCCUUCCCCCUGCUCAGCUUCCGCCAGCUGCUGCGGGAGGGCCGCCACGACAGGCCCCGCCGGGACAGCCUGCAGGCCGUCGUCCUGGGGCUGGAGGCCCGCCUCGGCCAGGACGCCCCCGGGCCCGCCCGCAGGAGGCGGCGGCUCCAGGUGUUGGACAUGACGGGGCUCCCGGACGGCGACGGCGAGCGCGACCCCGGGACGAUGAGCCUGUGGGCCCGCACCGUGGCCGUGGCCAAGACCUGCGUCGGCGCGCGCCGGCGGCGGGCCGGGGCCGCCGGGCGCCCUCCUAAGCGGCCCAGGGCGGAGGGGCCGGCCGGCGACACGCCGGCCCUGGAGGUGCGGGCCGACCUCCUGGUGAACCGGACCUCGUACGGGGUGCUGAAGGAGGCCCUGGAGGGCGGCGGAGGCGACGGCCCCGUGCGGCUGCUGUGCCGGGACUUCCGGGCGGAGGAGCUGUCCCUCACCGGCACCGUGGGCCUGCUGGAGCUGCUGGACCCCCUCCACCUGCGCCAGAUCGACCUGCGCUUCAACAACCUGGGCCUGUCGGGCCUGUGCGCGGUCAUCCCCCACGUGGUCAAGUUCGCCAACCUGGUGAGCCUCAAGCUGCAGUACAGCAACGUGGACGUGCGGCGGCUGUCCGCGGAGAUGGAGAGCAGCUUCCGCUACUUCGUCGCCCAGCUCGGCAAGCUCGGCCGGCUCAAGGAGCUCAACGUGGGCUCCUCCCGCCUCUCGGGCCGCCUGCGCCAGCUGGUCGGCGGCCUGCAGAGCCCCCUGGAGAGCCUGGAGCUGGCCUUCUGCUACCUGCUGCCCGCCGACUUCAGCUACCUGUCCCAGAGCCCCCACGCCUCGGCCCUGAAGAAACUGGACCUCAGCGGCAACGACCUGUCCCGCGCCCUGCUGGACCCCUUCCGGACCCUGCUGAGGGAGAUCUCCCCCUCCCUCCUGCACCUGGAGGUGACCGAGUGCCAACUCGCCGACCCCCAUCUCGCCACGCUGCUGCCCGCCCUGUGCCGCUGUGCCCGCCUCCGCUACCUGGGCCUCUCCGGCAACCCCCUCUCCACCCACGCGCUCAAGACCCUGCUGCGGCGCUCGGAGGCGCUGGGGGAGCUGCGGCUGGUGGUGUACCCCUUCCCCGCGGACUGCUACGAGGACCCGCCCUGGCCCCCGUCGUCCGCCGGCCCGCCGGACCGGGAGAAGUGCUCCCGCGUGCAGGCGAGCUACUCCGGAUGCUGCGGGGCCGCCGGGCGGGCCCACGUGCUGUGGACCACCGACGCCUACGGCGGCGGCGCCCUCGACUACUUCAGCUUGUAGUCCGGGUCUCCGGGGGCCGGUCCGGGCCUCGCGACCGGGGAGGCUUGGGGCCUUCCGGGGGCCACGCCGGCUCUCGCCCGCUGCACCCGUCCGCCGCCCACGCCCCGUCUCCGCCGGCCUCUCUGGUGCCCGCCGAGCUGGGUGGGGGCUGGGGCUCGGGGGCGGUCAAGCGCCCGAGCCCGGCUCACGUCGUCCGCCUUCCGAGGAGGAGGAGGACGACGGCCGUCUACGCCGGCGGGGUGUCCCCGGCCCCCUCGCCGUCCGCCCACCCCCAAGCCCCCGCCCCGGCUCCGAGACGGCUGCGGCGGACGUCCCCAGGGGAAGGACGACAGACGGGGAAGCCUGCGAGGGAGGCAGAGCGCUGGCCUUUUCCCUCUUUUGGAGGGGAAGGGGAAAGAGGAACGGCGGCCGGGCACCCUGGGCUUCUCUCUGCCUUUCCGUUGCUGCUUUCUCGCCGGGCGUCCCGUUGCUCUCCGCCGGGGUCGGGGGGGGGGGGGGGGGGGUGUCCGACCCCACCCGGCGUUACGAACCAACGUCACCAGGAAUAAAGCACAAACUAGUUUAA